UUGUGGGAAAUGUAGUUUUCAACGCGUACUGUCCUUAGCAGCCGGCGGCUAACUAAAAACCAAACUACCAACUUGUGCUCUAUGACGGUUCCUGUGACUACCGUCGCUGACAACUUCAUAAUGCUAAACGGGCUGCGCACAGAUGGCGGAGAGCAAUGACGGAGGAGUUCGACGAAGAUGUUGUAUUUGAGAACUCUCCUCUUUUCCAGUACCUGCACGAUCUAGGCCACACAGACUUCGAGGCAUGUCCCACGGCGUCACAGGAAGAGGAGGAAUAUGACGGACAAGAGGGCGACCUGCCGUCGCCCGAUGGACAGCGGCGGAAAACCUCAGGAGGUCGGCUGUGGAGGUUGGCCGACGCCGCGUGGAGAUGGAGCCCGUUUCACCAGGCAGCUGCAUCUCAUAAGCUGGGGCAGCAGCUGGACGCCGUGUUCGGCCAGUACUCGGUGAGGUGCAUCCUGGACCAGGACGUCCUGCUGCAGGAGGACGUGGAGCUCAUCGAGCUGCUGGACCCCAGUCUGCUCACGCUCGCCUCCCCGCCGUCGGGCUCGCCGCGCAGAGCGAACGCCCUGCCCAGGCCGGGCCUCAUCGCCCGGCCUUCCCUAUGGGACAUGGCGGGUCUGGUCGGCCUGGCCGCCGUGCUGCUGGGUCUCCGCUCCGCCUCCGAGGGCCUCUGGUCCCUGGCGGUGGCCCCGUGGAGCCUGGCCCUUCUGGGCUGGGUGGCCCUGCGGGGGUCCGCGCUGUGGAGGCGAGGCCGCGCGCAGUCGACGGUCCACGCCAGGGCCUCGCAGCUCCAGACGCUGGUCCACAACGGCAAGACUCUGACAGGUCUGUCCCGCAAAGCCCUGCGCCUGGUGCAGGAGACCGAGGUCAUCUCCCGAGGGUUCACCCUUUUGCUCGACAGGGUGAGUGCGGCCGGCUCCUUUAGCAGGGCGGGGCCGGGGGCGGUGCCACGGGGCCAGCAGCUGAUCGGACUGAGGAAGAGCCUGUACCGGGCGCUCCGCUCGGCCUUCAGAGCCUCCAGGCGAGCCACCUGUCACAUGCUCAAGGCGUUUCCUCUGAACUCUGAGAUCGAUAACGUAACAAACUAUGUGUCCGCGGUGCCUCUGAAGGAGCUGGGCCUCGGCUUGGGAAUCGAACACCUGGGUGAUGAACAGGCCCAGGAGCUGACGGACGACUACAGCCUGCCUGCACUCAAGAUGCUCUUCCAGCUGUGGGUGGGACAAAGCUCGGAGUGCUUCCGCCGCUUGGCCCUGCUGCUUUCCCCAAGUCGAAUGGAGGAGCCACAAGAGGGCGCACUUCAGGGAGAAUCCUGCGCUCCCGUUGCGUCUCCGCUGCACCGGUCCAUCGCCGCGGUGACAGAGCCCCUGCACCACGCUCUGGCCGGCUGCCUCGGCGAGGUGCAGCGCAGCUACGACUUCCACCGACACUUUGAGACGCAGCCGAGGACGUCAGGAUCCGACAGGACGGGACGAGCGCGGGAGAAAUGCCGAGAGCUCAACACUCUGCACACGUCCAUCAGGAGCCUGCAGCUGCACCUGAAGGCCCUGCUCAGCGAGAUGAUCAUCCUGGAGGACGACCUGGAGAAACUGAUGGUGUCCAAGCAGCUGACGGAGCUGACCAACGAGGGCUACCAGGACCUGAGCGACCGGCUUCACCAGCUGCACCCGCACAUGCAGGCCAGUGCCGGCUGCUGGGAGGACACCAUCAGCCAGGUGCAGCGCAUGCUGAGGCGCGCCAACGCCUGUCCAGGUACGGUGGAGGGCGUGGAGCAGUGUGGGACUCCCGUCACCGAGAUUCCCGCUCCUCCUCCGUCAUACCCGCUGAUCCUGGACAGAGACCCUGUGCCAGAGGAGCUGGAGUGGGAGGCCUACGUGUCGGACUCGGACUCUGACAGCGAAGGCGGGGCCUCCUGGUGCGACACGCUGUCACCGGAGGAGCGCGAGCGCCAGCGCCGGGAGAGGGAGGAGUCCCGCCGCGUCCUGUCGGAGCUGAAAGCCGUGCUGGGCUUCCGCGCGUCGGAGGGAGAGAGGAUGAAGAGGAAGCAGCUGCUCUUCAACGACCAAGCUGCUGUGACGCCUUCAGCUCACGCUGACAGUUCUGACCCCGCCCCCGAAGAGUCCGUCACUGCGACCUCUGUGGGUCCGGGUGAAGCCGGCGGCGAAGAGGGGAACCACCUCGCGGCAGGAAGCAGUGGUGAGGAAGAGGAAGAAGAAGGUAAAGAUGACAGGGUGAGUCCCGACCUUUCGACGACGGAGCCGCUGAUGGAGUUCUGCUGCGGUUUGGAGGCGGAGCACGGGGAGCUGGGUCGGAGCUCGGUCUGCAACAGGGGAGGAGGCGGAGCAUCCGAGAUGCACCAGUACGACGGUGUCCCGGCGGAGGGGGCGGAGUCCCAGAAUGGCCUGGACUGCUUCCUGAACCCCAGGGUCCCCGCCGUCUCCGUGAUGGACAGACUGACGGAGAUCCACGGCUCGGAGGCACUCAGCUUCAGCUCCGCCCUCGCUGCUCAGGUGGCGGCGCGCUCGCACUCGCUCGUCAAGAUGGAGGAGCUGACGUUCGGCGACGACGGGGAAGAAGAGGAGGAGGACAACGACGACGAAGAGGAGGGGGGGAAAGUGUAGCGCGGACCUUUGCUGCUUCAUCAGAGAGCGUAUAUUUAUGUCUGCUGUGUUACUGUGUCAGGUGAUGACGUGAUCAAAAUUCACUCUCUCAUUACUCAUCCGUCCACGUUACCGCGCGUUAGGGCUGUCACUUUUUCCAAAAAGUUUGAAAAAAUGCGUUUGCGAAUAAAACCAAGUUUGUUAUUUUCACUUUGCUUUUCGUUUUUGGCGGCGCUAACGGCUAAGCUAACAGGUGCGUCAGCAGAUUUUAUUUUUUACUUUGUCAUCUGUAGCGUGAAAACCCCACAAAAAAUCCAAAUGACUUCCACACGCCGUUUAUCAGACGCUUCGGUGUUUGCGUUUGUUUCGCUCGUAUCAUCGCCGUCUGAUUUCUGCUCACAGCGCCCUCUGCUGGACGAUACUGUAUUUACUUCCAGACGAGAGGCUGACGAUUUUUGUUGUCCUCAAACGUCACAUUUUAUCAGAAGUAAAAAGAAUCGGCAUCAACCAGUCGCCCUCUGGAAUCCGAAUUUCCCAGGAAAAGUGACAUCCCCUACUUUGUGUCCAUUACCCACAAUUCUUACCGCUCUCUUUUGCUGUUGAAACUCAGGAACCAGAACUUUGUUUUCAAUUUCAGUCCAGACCUCGAGAUCCUUGUUGGAAACCUCAGUGCUCUCAGCGAACCAAGCCCCAGUUCGUCAACGGGUGGUGGAUUCUGGAGACACCCGGAUCACCACCGGACGUUCUUUUCGUCUCUUCUAGGAAGCACUGCAUGUUUGUCUAUUUCCGGUUUCUUCCCGACACCUGACACGCCCACUGAUGACGAAAAAAACCCAAGUAUUUUUUGAUUCUGGGAAACUGUGCCGGUGUUUAAAAACAAAAUCGGACAAAGAGUGGAUCAGCAGACGUGAAAACAAAGAUCGUGUGUCGACGUAAACGACAGGACAAUAAUUCCAGAUGUUCUCUUACGCUGUGUUCAGGCAGAAAAUCUUGUUUAUCGCACAGAUGACAGAUAAUUGGUUCAUUAUUUUGUGAUAAACUGAUCAUUUGUUCGCAUCAUUAAAAUAUUGACUCAAACCUCAAAAUGACAAGAUAUGAUUUAUAAAAAUCGAGUAAAUAUUCUCAUUUUUGAGAGGCUGGAAAUUCAGAGAACCUCUUUAAAAAAAUGUUGAACUAGAUGAAAUCGCUGCAAACAAACAAACUUUCAAGUAAUCAUGUAAAUAUUAUGAAGUAGAAAAGUCCUGUCGUGUCAAAUUUACAUGUACUUUUUUGGGGUUUUUUGGUAACAAAUUUGUGCUAAAUUCACUUUUUUUUCUGUUUGACCACAGCAGAAGUUUGACCUUAAAGUCCAGAUGCUAUUUUUUACUCCGACUCUGAGUGGACAUGAAAGUGGACACAGGACUGGACGUCCGUUCACAGUUCACAGGAUGAAUUUCUCUGAAACUGCGGGGACGAGAAGAGCAGGUGGUUUCGUUCGUUUGCUGAUUUUUCUGGCAUGUGACGGGUUUUAUGUUUUCAAACGUGAAGAUUCGCCUGAUGUUACUGUAACGCCUCUCUCUCUUUCUUGUCUCCAUGUCUGUCUCGUCCCCUCCCUCUCUCCCUC